GGUUACAUUGAUACAAUGGCUGAUUCUCUUGCAUUCUUUUUUUCAUUAUUAUUAAUCUUCACUCUUUCAAUCACUUCGGAAGCUGCACCUUCCAUCGGAAUCAACUAUGGCAGGGUGGCUAAUGACCUACCACCGCCUUCCAAGGUCGUGCAGCUUCUCAAGUCACAGGGAAUAACACGUGUCAAGCUCUACGACACCGACGCCACCGUCCUCUCCGCACUUUCUAACACCGGAAUCAAGGUGGUUGUAGCCAUGCCUAACGAGCUUCUCUCCUCCGCUGCCGGAGACCAGUUUUUCGCCGAUAACUGGGUGGAGGCCAACAUCUCAGCCUACUACCCCGCCACACAAAUCGAAGCCAUUGCCGUCGGAAACGAAGUCUUCGUGGACCCUAACAACACCACCAACUACCUCGUUCCCGCCAUGAACAACGUCUACAACUCCCUCAAGAAACUCAACCUCCAUAACGACAUCAAAGUCUCAUCCCCAAUCGCAUUCUCCGCACUCUCCGCCUCAUACCCUACCUCCUCCGGCUCGUUCAAACCAGACCUGGUCGAACCGGUCAUCAAACCAAUGCUCGAUUUUCUCAGAAAAACCGGAUCCUACUUAAUGGUGAACGUGUACCCUUUCUUCGCGUACGCUGCUAACAGCGAUAAAAUCAAUCUCAGUUUCGCGCUCUUCGAGAACAAUCCAGGGGUGGUUGAUUCCGGUAACGGUUUCAAGUAUAACAGUUUGUUCGACGCGCAAAUCGAUGCGGUGAAUGCUGCCACGUCAGCACUCCAAUACGGCGACGUGAACGUUGUCGUUUCGGAAACGGGUUGGCCUUCCAAAGGGGAUUCCAAUGAGAUUGGAGCCAGUGAGGCCAAUGCGGCGUCGUACAACGGAAAUCUCGUUAGGCGUGUUUUGAAUGGGAGUGGGACCCCCUUAAGACCCAAUGACCCACUUACCGUUUUUCUAUUCGCGCUUUUUAACGAGAACCAGAAGCCCGGGCCCACUUCCGAGAGGAAUUACGGGCUUUUUUAUCCAACCGAGCAGAAGGUUUAUGAUAUUCCUCUUCCCGUGGCGGAGGUGGAGGCGGCGACGUCGAACAUGGAAAUGUCACGUGGCUCUGGCACGUGCGAUUUUGGCGGUGCUGCUUAUGUUGUUACCCAACCUCCUAGAUUUGGGAAGUGUGAAUUCCCCCACUGGAUACUGAACACAAAGAAUGGAGUUGGAUUAUUAGGUUCAGAUUAUUAG